AUGUUGCUGUUCCUGCUGGUUGUGUUGCUCUUGGCGGCGGGCUGGAUCAUACAUCUUGGCCAGGCCGAUCGCCGGCGGAAGGUGGCCAACUUGCCUGGACCCGUGUGUCCGCCGCUCAUUGGCGCCCUUCAACUCAUGCUGCGGAUGAACCCCAAAACCUUCCUGAAGUUGGGCAGGGAGUACGUGACCCGAUAUGGUCACCUCCAGCGAGUAUGGGUGUUUAAUCGCCUGCUGAUAAUGAGUGGCGAUGCGGAGCUGAAUGAGCAGCUGCUAAGCAGCCAGGAGCAUCUGGUGAAGCAUCCGGUGUACAAAGUACUUGGACAGUGGCUGGGUAACGGAUUACUCCUCAGCGAUGGAAAGGUGUGGCACCAGCGCCGCAAGAUCAUCACGCCCACCUUCCAUUUCUCGAUCCUUGAGCAGUUCGUUGAGGUAUUCGAUCAGCAGUCAAACAUUUGUGUCCAACGAUUGGCGCAGAAGGCUAAUGGUGAGACAUUCGAUGUUUACCGAAACAUUUGUGCAGCCGCUUUGGACAUCAUAGCCGAAACAGCCAUGGGCACGAAAAUAUAUGCCCAGGCCAACGAAAGCACUCCCUAUGCAGAGGCAGUCAAUGAAUGCACUGCUCUGUUAAGCUGGCGAUUCAUGUCGGCUUACCUGCAGGUGGAGCUGCUGUUUACACUCACCCAUCCCCACCUGAAAUGGCGUCAGACGCAGCUCAUCCGCACAAUGCAGGACUUUACCAUCAAGGUGAUCGAGCAGCGUCGUCGGGCUUUGGAGGAUGAGCAGAAGCAACAAAGGUUAAGGGACACUGGAGAUAAUGAUGUGGGUUCUAAACGGCGGAUGGCCUUGCUGGAUGUCCUGCUGAUGGCCACUGUUGAUGGCAGACCUCUGAACAACGAUGAGAUCCGCGAAGAGGUGGACACCUUCAUGUUCGAGGGCCACGAUACCACCACCAGUGCCUUGUCCUUCUGCCUGCAUGAGCUCUCGAGACAUUCGGAAGUGCAGGAAAAGAUGCUGGAGGAGAUUCUGCGGGUCCUGGGCACCGAUCGUAGCCGACCCGUCAGCAUUCGGGAUCUCGGAGAGCUGAAGUACAUGGAAUGCGUCAUCAAGGAGUCGCUGAGGAUGUAUCCACCUGUACCCAUCGUGGGACGCAAACUGCAGACUGACUUUAAAUACACUAACUCUAAGUACGGCGAUGGAGUAAUUCCUGCCGGCUCAGAGAUAAUAAUCGGAAUCUUUGGAGUCCAUCGGCAACCAGAGACCUAUCCCAAUCCAGAUGAUUUCAUUCCGGAGCGACAUGAAGACGGAAAUCGAGUUCCGCCCUUUAAAAUGAUACCUUUCAGUGCCGGACCACGUAAUUGCAUAGGUCAGAAGUUCGCCCAGCUGGAGAUGAAGAUGAUGCUGGCCAAGAUUGUGAGGGAGUACGAACUCCUGCCGAUGGGUCAAAGGGUGGAGUGCGUCGUGAACAUCGUCUUGCGAUCGGAUACAGGAUUCCAACUGGGAAUGCGCAAGCGCAAUAGCACAUAAGCUUUAGGGAUAUUUCAGGACUUUUAAUAUUAAAUUGU